AACUGGUCAAUGCCCUAAUGAGAGCCAUCCAACUGCGAGAGCAAGGCCACUUAAUUCCACCGGAUCAGAAGCACGCAAUGGUCAAGAACAUGUACGCAUGGAGUGAGGUGGCCAAGCGCACGGAACGCGUUUACGCGGCCGCCAUGCGCGAGAGACCGCCCUCUUGGUGGGCGGGCAUUAAGAAUUACUAUAACUGCGGUAUCGGCUUCGGUAUUCUAUACAUAUGGGUAGCACUGACCAAUAUGAUGUGUCUGUUAUUGUUGGACCUCUUGCAACCA